AUGAACCAACACUAUAAGGGUGCAAUUAGAAGUAAAAUCUGGAAUCUACGAAAAAACAAAGAAUUACGGAUGAAAGUUAUAAACAGUGAUAUCAACGAAGAAGAGUUUGCGAGAAUGAGUGCCGAGGAAAUGGCAUCACCUAAACGCCGUCGUACCAACGAAAUAUUGCGUAAACAUGCUCUUGAAAAGACGGUUGUAACGUCAGAGUCAAAUCCUAUCAAAUCAAAUGAGUCGGGCGGCGAUAAAUUGGAAUUGGCGUAG